CCGCCGAGCCCCCGGAGCGCUGAGGGCCGGUCCCUCAGAGGCGCAGCCAUGGCUGACAAGGGGAUGCAGGGCUUCCUGCCUCCCUUCAAGCACUUCGCCACCAACGCCAUCCAUGCCGGCCAGGAGCCCGAGCAGUGGCGCUCCGGGGCCGUGGUGCCGCCCAUCUCGCUCUCCACCACCUUCAAGCAGCGGGCGCCCGGUGAACACGCGGGUUAUGAAUACUCCCGCUCUGGGAACCCCACCCGGGAUUGCCUGGAGAAGGCUGCGGCCGCCCUCGAUGGAGCCAAAUACUGCUUGGCUUAUUCCUCUGGCUUAGCAGCUCUUUUGAACAUCUGUCACCUGGUGAAGGCAGGGGACACGGUUAUCUGCAUGGAUGAUGUCUAUGGAGGCACAAACAGGUAUUUCCAGAAAGUAGCAUCAGAAAAUAAUUUGAAAGUAAUUUUUGUUGACUGCACAAAACCAAAAUGCCUGGAAGCUGCCAUUACACCAGAGACCAAGCUGGUUUGGCUGGAGACCCCCACGAACCCCAUGCUGAAGGUGAUUGACAUCAAGGCCUGUGCAGAGGUGGUGAGGAGGCACCCGGGGGUGCUGCUGGCAGUGGACAACAGCUUCAUGUCUGCCUACUUCCAGCGUCCUUUAUCCCUGGGGGCUGAUAUUUCUAUGUAUUCUGCAACCAAAUACAUGAAUGGGCACAGUGAUGUUCUCAUGGGCCUGGUGUCUGUGAACCGGGAUGAUCUCUAUGAGAGGCUCAAAUUCCUGCAGAACUCCCUGGGAGCUGUCCCCUCUCCCUUUGACUGCUUCCUCUGCAACCGGGGGCUGAAGACUCUGCACAUCCGGAUGAAGCUGCACUUCCACAACGGCCUGGCCGUGGCCAAGUUCCUGGAAACCCAUCCCAGGGUGGAGAAGGUCAUUUACCCAGGGUUGCCUUCCCACCCUCAGUACGAGGUGACACGGAAGCAGUGCACGGGCUGUCCUGGAAUGAUCACCUUCUACAUCAAAGGGAACGUCAAAAAUGCCUCUGCCUUCCUCAAGAACUUGAAGGUGUUUGCCCUGGCUGAGAGUCUGGGUGGCUUCGAGAGCCUGGCAGAGCAUCCGGCCAUCAUGACCCACGCCUCAGUGCCUGAGCAGGAGAGGAAAGCUCUGGGAAUCAGUGACACCCUGAUCCGCCUCUCGGUGGGGCUGGAGGACGAGGAGGAUUUGCUCCAAGACCUGGAUCAGGCCCUGAAGGCUGCGUUUGAAUAAACCUUGAGGGUCAAAAAGGAACUCGGAACUGGACCUGGCUGUGGACGAGGACAUGGAAAACCAAACCACUCUUGCUGUGCCUUUGGGAAUCCCAGCCUGGGUUCCUGGGGCUCUCCCUGUUGCUGCUGGGCUGCUCUCCAGGCUGGGCAGGGUGUGCUGGGCACAGCCUGGGCUCUCCCUGCUGCUGCUGGGCUGC